AUGAGAAAGGUCUUUGCGAGAGGUGAUGCUGCUUAUGUAGCCUCUAAUGCUGUAAUAUAUCGAGGUUUUGUUUUCUUCAGAACGACUUUGAGGAAAUUGAAGGAGUACGAAAAAAAUGUGAUGCAUUCAAACAGUGUUAAUGAAGUGAUCCAAAGGCGCCAUUAUGUUUUGAAAAGGACUGCAAAUCUUAAUUUUUGUAAUAUUACGGAGAAUACACUGGCUGACACUCCUUCAGGUUACAUUCAGGAUCCUGCUAAUCGUCCAAAGAAGAUGGUAACUUACAAGAAAACAACACAGGAGGGGCAGACAGCUCUAGAAGAGAUGGAACGUGAGUAUGAGUUGAUGCACCGUGAAGAAUUGCUAUACAAUAGCCACACAACCAUUGUCAUACAAAAAUGGAAGGAAAUCGUUUUGCAGAUCAGUAGUACAUAA